AUCCGGAAUCCUAUGGUUCGAUUCGAUCCCUUUCUCCCCCUUUGAAGCGACAAGAUCGGGUCCGCCAUGGCGUGGGAGCUCUUCCUUUGGCUCCUCGCCUUCGCCGCUGCGAUCUCUCUCAUCGGAUUCAGCGCCUAUCAGCUCAUUUGCUUAUCUGAUUUGGAGUUUGACUAUAUCAACCCAUAUGAUUUAUCAUCACGAAUCAAUGCUGUUGUGGUUCCAGAGUUCAUGGUGCAGGGAACCUUAUGCAUUUUAUUCCUUCUGACAUGGCAUUGGUUUCCAUUUCUACUAAUGGCUCCCAUCACUUAUUACCACACAAAGCUAUAUAUGAAAAGGAAGCAUCUAAUUGAUGUUACUGAGAUCUUUAGACUGCUGAAUGAAGAGAAGAAAUACAGAAUAAUCAAGCUUGCUUUUUAUUGCAGCAUUUUUAUCAUUGUUAUUUACAGGCUUGUCACAACUGCUGUUCUUUUACUUAUGGAAGACGAUUAUCGGACUAUGGAGUCUGGGAUCUUUUAGUGUGUGUUUCUAGAGAUAUUUCAGAUCGGGGAAUUUGAUCUCAGUUGUGGAGUUGAAGGAUUCUCUUUCAAAGUUCCAGGCAACUCUUCUUAAGAAAGAUGUUUUUUGUUACCAUUGAAGCUGUCAUUUGCCUCUUUGCCAUUCUGCAAGGAGAGUAGGAGGAUUCCCCGUGAACACUGAAGUUUUGGCGCAACUUUUGCUUCAUGUAUCGUGUAAUCACUUCCGCUGCCGCUCGUUUCUUGAGAUGAUUUGGGCGUGAUAUCUUUCUGUCUUCGUCGAACUUGCAUUAUGAUUCAUUUUGUUUCUGCCUGAUGUUGUAAAAUUGUUAAGAGUAA